AAUAUUUUAUUCAAGUUGGCACCCCUGUCUUCACUUAUGCUCAGCCUGUACAUAUGGAUAGAGAACAUGAAUACGUUGUGUGCCAUUUAAGUUUUCAUUGAUCAGAGAACUGAUGCACACACAAUAUGAUGCACACACAAUACUAGGUUUUUAAAGGUGUCAUAUUUCCCUAUCUCCAUUUGUUGGGAGACAUAUCUUCAAGUUCUCCCACUUCAAGUUCAAGCUAGUUCUGUCACUGAAUAUGGUCAGUGACAAAUGGGGCCUCCAUGGUUAGCUGCAGUGUACUGAUGCUGGGAGCAAAUAGAGUGUGGUACUAUAUCAUGCCUUGCCUGAGGUUCCAGGGCAUGUUGCUGGUUAUUGCUACAAGCAGAAUGCUGGAGUAGAAGAACCCUUUUUUUAAUUCUUCAAGCUCUUGAGUCAAAGUGCAAUGGGUUUCUUUGUGUUUUUCCCAUAGCAAAACUGUCUUCUGAAUAAGUUUGUUUUCAUGCUCCUUUCUCAGGGCACCAGGCCAGCAGUCUUAUUUUAUUGCUGUCUUUAUUAUGACAAAAUGUGGGCAAAACAAAUUCCACAGUAGGUUUCACUAGUUAAAUAUUCUGAGGUGCUGUUCUGUCCUUUUAUUGGGAGAGACAAAAUAAAAGACCAGGCAAAUUUCACACGGGAGGACUUUAUAAAUAAAGAAGGGCAGUAGUGCUCAUUCACUCAUUUUUCUCAGCAGCUGGAAUCCAGAGGCAUGCUCCUUUGAUCCAGGAAGAAAUGACUAGUGGCCAGUAAUAGUAGCUUUAUUCUCCACGAAUUUGUCUAAUUCACUUUUAAAGUCAUCCAGUUUGGUGACCAUUCAGGUUCUUCAUUGUCCAUUGCAUAUUUGCACAUAGGAGGGGAAGGAUUUUUAAAAGCCUGCUUUUAUGUUUUUCUCUCUCUCUUCCUCCUUCUGUGACAUUGGCCUUGAUCCAGCAUUGUCAAUAUAACUGCAGCUAUAAUGGCAGGGCGGGAGGAACUGUGAUUGUAAAAGAAAAGGCAAGUUUUCUUAACUAUAGGGCUUCCUUUAGGUUAUCCUGGUGAGGCUUCUUGAUUGGACUGGAAGAAACUUCUGGUCCAGUCAAUUUCACUCUUAAGGUAAAUUUAACUUGCAUAGGAACUUUCCUCGCUUCUGUGAAUAGGUUGUGUUAAUGCACUAAAACGAAACAAGCCAGCCCAGUUCUGUUCACCACUCUUUAAUAGACAACCACAACAAUUGCAGCAAAAUCUAUACAAGUCUACUGAAUGUCUCACUGACCUGGGCAAAUCAUUUCAGCAUUCUCCUUUGAGAAAGGAGGAUAGUGCUUGUGCUGUGAUGCGCAAUGCAUGUUCGUAAAAUGCUUGGAAAGCUUUGAAUGAGAGGGACUGAGCUUGUGCCAAGUAUGAUGUAUCAAAGGGGCAGCUCCUCUGCCUUGUGAUCUGUGUCUCACAGAAAGGCAGGACAAUCCCGGGUAGUAUCCUUGGAAAGGGAGGCUGUCGUUUACAGGACAUCACUCGCUGGUUUCCAAAUUUUGCUUCUGCACUCCUGUCCGAAUAAGAUCUCAUAAAGCACGGGCGAGAGAGGUUAGAACAGACCACCAAGACCUCCAGUUCCAGACUGUGUUCCUAUGCUGAAAGGGUUGCCACCUUAAUGGACCGUUCCAAAAGCCAAGGUGACAGCCAGCCUUCAUCGCCAACGGACAACAUCAACCUUGGACCUUCUGCUAACCCCAAUGCCAAGCCAACAGAUUUUGACUUCCUAAAGAUAAUUGGCAAAGGUAGCUUUGGAAAAGUCCUUUUGGCAAAACGCAAAUCUGAUGGGAGGUUCUAUGCUGUGAAAGUUCUGCAGAAGAAAUCUAUUCUCAAGAAAAAAGAGCAAAAUCACAUAAUGGCAGAACGCAAUGUGCUCCUGAAGAAUGUGAAACAUCCUUUCCUUGUGGGGCUCCACUAUUCCUUCCAGACCAAAGAGAAACUAUACUUUGUACUGGACUAUGUAAAUGGAGGAGAGCUCUUCUUCCAUUUGCAAAGAGAACGUUGCUUCUGUGAACCCCGAGCCCGAUUCUACGCAGCUGAAAUGGCCAGUGCGGUGGGCUACCUCCAUUCACUGAACAUCAUCUACCGGGACUUGAAACCUGAAAAUAUUCUCUUGGAUUGUCAGGGCCAUGUUGUACUGACUGAUUUUGGACUUUGCAAAGAAGGAAUGGAGCCAGAGGAAACAACAUCUACUUUCUGCGGCACCCCAGAGUAUUUGGCUCCAGAAGUGCUGAAGAAACAGCCCUAUGACAGAACUGUAGACUGGUGGUGCCUUGGAGCUGUUCUCUACGAAAUGUUGUUUGGUUUGCCUCCAUUUUACAGCCGGGAUGUGUCUCAGAUGUAUGAUAAUAUUCUGCACAAGCCACUUCAGAUUCAAGGAACCAAGACCAUAGCAGCUUGCGAUAUCCUGCAAGGACUUCUCCAUAAAGAUCAGAAGAAGAGGCUGGGAGCCAAGACAGACUUUCUUGAGAUAAAGAACCAUGUGUUCUUCAGUCCAAUAAACUGGGACGACUUGUACAGUAAGAGGAUCACGCCUCCAUUUGACCCUAAAGUGGCUGGUCCUGCUGAUCUACGGCAUUUUGACCCAGAAUUUACUCAGGAAGCGGUCUCCAGCUCCAUCAUCCGUACCCCCGACUUUGCUACCAGUAGUUGCAGUGCAACAGAUGCUUUUUUGGGAUUUUCUUAUGCACCAAAUGAUGAAGACUAAAGCAACCUAUGUCAACAAGGCUUGAGAAACCCAGUUUUUGCUCUCCAUUUAAACAGAGAGGAAGCCACUACCCUCUGACUAAUCUUCUAACUGGAACAGAACCAAGCUUUCCUUCCAUGACAUAUAAGACCUCAUAAUGUGAAUGCUCCUCUAAAGGAGGAAGUGCUGAUUAUUCUAGCUAGAAUUGUUUUAUUUGUACAAACUUGAACACAUUUAAUGAUACAAUCUUGUGCCAAAAUUGAUGUCCUCUUAUGAGAAUGCAGGCGAACCUCUGUUUGAAUUGCCACCCAAGGUAUUCUGGAUAACCAGCUGUUCUGGGCUCAGUGGGUUUAUAGUAGGUAUACUUCCUGUUCAGACAUUUUGUCACCUUAGUUUGUGGUUCACCUCAAUUGGGUCCAUGUUCUGGCUACAUACUCUUACUCUGGCUACAUACUCUUAGCCAAUGUAGUUCAUAUGUUGUUGGACUACAGUUCCCAUUAUCUCCAAGCUUUGGACAUGCGAGCAGGGGAUGAUGGGAGUUGUAGUCCAACAACAUUGGUUGCUACAGGGGAUUCUUAGAAAAGACCUUUGGAACUAUCCAGAGAAUCCAGGAAUCCCCUCCCCAAUUCCUUGUAGCUGGUCCUUUUACAGCUUUUGCACAGAACUGUGUAUUUCCAAAUUGAUUGCCUCUGGAGCUUUCUUUCUUUCUUUUUUUCCUUUCAGUAUUAUGAACCACAGGUGAUGCCACCUACAAUUUGCAUGAGUGUUUCUUUUCACAGCUGAAAGCAUUGCUCUCCAGCUAAAUGGCACUGAUGGGAGCAGCUCUAUCGCACCACACCUGUGCUAGAUACAGUGAUUUGUGAUUUUAACUUGGAAAUGUUGAUAGCACACGGCUUACAUUUUUAGUAAUUGUAUUUAUUUCCCCCUUUUAUCUGGAAGGUGUGUAGUGAUAAGCAUCUGGUCAUAACUACCUCUUUACUGCAUAGAUAGAGAACAGCCAAUGGAUUUUCUUUUUACGAAGAUAAAUUAAGGAAAAAAUAUAGGUCUGUUUUUUAAAAAAGACCUGCCUAUUAAGAACUCCUGAGCAGAGAUGAAUUGUACCAAUGUGUGAUCUUUUAUUUACAAAACUGAGAGCUGGUGCAACUAUAGCUGCCACAGGGAGUAGUGUCAUUACCCUCAUUUUAUACAAAAUUGUUACCUGUCCCAGGAUGUUUCUAUGGAACCCUUUAAUCAUUGAUCUCUUAGUCAAAAUCAUUUAAAAUUAUAUAUUCUUCUUAUGCUGGUAAGGGAUCUUCCUACAAAACAUGGAUAUAAAGGUAUUGGAUUAAGUAACAAAGCAGGCUGUUUCUGGAAAUAAAUUUCCCCUGCUACCAGCUAAAGGUAAAACACACCCACCCUGAUGAAUUAUGAAGGUGGGAUGUGUUGAGGUGACUAGAAUGGGCUGCCAGUAUACAUAUAAGCACAAGUGUGAAUGUCAUUGCCAACCUGAAAUAAUGCAGAAUGAUAAUUUUUAUUUUGCUGUUUAAAACAGCACAAGGAUCAAGGUGCAAACUUGGGGUGUGGAGGAUUCAACUGUGAUAAUAUAUACUACAGAAAUAACUGCCAGUUUUGGUGCCUUUGUACCUCUUAAAACACCUGCCUUUAAAAACAAAACACUAUGUCCAUGUUUAGCUUGAAAAGCAUCCACCAUCUCUGUGCAUUUUAAUUUUUAGACACUAUGGACGUUUAUCUAUGUGUUAAGAAAUGUGUCUAGUGUCCAAGCUUGCUGCGGGAUUUUCUUUUUGCUUGCUUGCUUGCGUUUGUUGUCAAGGCUAUGGUGGGGGGAAAUAUAAUAGUGCUUGCAUGACUGCUCCUCUUUGAGUGUCGUGGAUAUGCUGAUAUAAUUCCAUAAUCAUGUUUAAAGAUCCUUGCAUUUUCUCUUAUGUUCUCUUCCUAACCCCAGUUUUUAUUUUGUUGACUAUUUAAGAGUUUAAUAAAUAAAAUAAUAUAUUUUAAAGCAAA